CUUGAUGCCUUGAAAGGGGUGUUAAAUCUUAAUGCCUUUGGAAAAGCACAAAAAUGUAAAAAGGCAUAAAAUGUAACAUUUACUGGCUUGUUUAAUCGGUGCUAAUAUGUAUUGCCUUUUGACAAAGCAUUAACAGCCGUUCCGCCUAACUUCUUAUUUUUCAAGAGUAUAUGUCCUGAUCACAGCGGCCAUCUUCUCUGUCACCAGGCACGUGUUUUCAACUCUGACCUAAGUUUUGUGUUGCCAUUAAUAAAUAAAUCGGCAGUCGAGGCCUUGCGAUCUUUUCCCUAAAAACCAACUUUUUCUUGUGGCAUCCUGAAACAUUUGCGGUGAACGCCGAGCACGCAAGUCCCAAUCAUAACUGAUGCAUCACAACACAUGGCGAUGUGUUGGCUACGAGAACAUCUGCGUUCAGUCAUAUUCUACCACAGCCGUGGUGUGUGAUCGGUCAAGAGAAGUAAGAUUUUUUUCGUGUGCUGGCGUUACUGGUAGAGCAGACUUACACGGCGAUGCAGGCACCAAAAGUCGAAUGGAAAGUAAGACAGUGAGAUGAGGCGAACGGAACAUGAGAGGGGCGGACCCCUGACCCGUAACUUGCAGUGGUGGUUGCACCACGUCACGCACGAAGGUAAUCACGACAACGUCCUGCGAUGGUUGCUUUUCAAACUGCGGGGCAGCAAGUUCUCGAUGAGAGUCGCCAUGAUUGCUGUGACGGUAACGCUUGUGAACGCACUGACUGCUGAGAACCUGAACCGCGCUGACGUGUCAAUACGUUACUUCGUUGGUGUCAACGCUUGCAUCUGUCUUCAGCUGAUGUUUAUUAACAGAGAGGACCUGCUCCGUCGUUGGCUAGGGCUUGUCAUUGUGCAUGCGCACAGUGCAGAGACUGACCCCGCGACUGACGAUGAGUUUAUGGCUCUUCUGGCUCGGCGAGCUCGGAAAGGUCGAUUUAUGCGCUGGUUCUUCGUCGUGCAUGCCACAGCCACAGAGGUCACAUUUGUCUACACGUUGAGCAUCUGGGCACCGACUUGGCUGCAGCAGGGGAUUGGGAACAAAGAGAUAUGGAAAGAGUGGAUGCGAUGGACUGUGCUAACCCUGCAGGCCUAUGGGCUCCUGGCUGGACUUGCCUCCGUCUACACGUUUCUUCCACUUGUGCUCCAGAUCACCAUGGCAUCUGCUGAUCUCAUGUACAUUCUCGGAAAAAAACUAGAGGUAUGCCGUUGUAGCCGGACAAUAGCCGCCACUGAGAGUGCGCUGAUUUCUGCAUGCCUUCUGUCCGAUGAAUGCGUUUCCGACGUCAUCGCCCCCGUGAUUUUCGCUAGCCUGCUCAUGCCUCUAAUAAGCCUCGUCCAGGCUCUGAGCGGCGUCGUGGACAGCUUGGAUGCGCUGGGCACAGCCCCACUGUUCAUCACCAUCACCGUGCCCCUGUACCUGGCGGGUGACAUGCUGGCCUCGGCGCGGCAGGGCAUCGCGGAUAGCGCAGCGCGCGGCCCCUGGCUGGAGGAGGAGCCCUGGCAGCGCCGCAUGCGCGCUGCAGUCAUGCUUGGAGCCUCCGGAGAGGGCGCUCUGCCGAGAUGUCAAGGCUUGGGUAAACUUAACCGAAGAGGACUCCUCCACGUCCUUCAAUCAUGGUUUAGCUUUCUUCAAGCUAUGCUAAAUCUUCGAAAAGGAGUUAAAGUUACAGCGAGUAGAAAUAAUUCAUAACGUAAAUCGAGUCAGCAGGAGGCUCUGCCAAUCCUUAAAGCAAUUGGCGGAUUAAGGUUGCCUAGAUACAGGGGAUUUGUGGCGGAAAUUGCCUACCUUUCAGGCGGCUCUCUAGAGACGAUAAGGGGGGAAGGGGGCGGGGGCGAUGGCCUGCAUUGAAGCGUAAAUGCGCGUAAUGAGCUUAAAACUUUACUCGUGCAAUGGAGCACUGUUGAAAACGUCCAUGGUUUCUCGAAGACGUACUCGUCAAUUAAAUUGCCAAACGUCCUUUGGGAUUUCACAACGGCCUCCGUAGUAGUGCUUUAUGAAAACUCCGAAAAUGAUCCGCCACAAUCCAACUCGUUGUAACACUUGUCCGCGCCGACUCGCGAAAACUACUAGCAAAAAUUGCACCCAACACGUGCUAAGCGGUAGUAUACCUAUUUCAGGGUAGGUGCUUCAAAACAAACAAACAUUUCGGAAUUUUCAAAGGUGUUUGUAAGGGUGGAGUAAUAAUAAAAACGG